AUGAUCACCGACUCGGCUGCAGUUGUUGUCAUCCCGCAGGUGUGCCUUGCUGCUGCCGGAGGCAUCCAGAACUUCCAUGAGCCUUCAAAGUACGACGAGGAGAUAAGCCAGCUGCCCUUGGCAGUCGGCCUGACUAUUCUCGUCGUUAACACGAAGGAACCGUCCAUCAAUGUUGAUUACCACGCAGGGAGCCGUGAGCUGGACCCCAAGCUGCAGGAGCUUUUGGAACAAGGCCUGCCGACAUGCAGCUGGGAUUUGAAGAAUAGAACAUUGAAUGAGCGUCUCCGGCAGCAGGGUCUUGAUUUGUUAGACCUGGGAAUAGAACGAGAAUCAUAUUUUGCUGAAAAGUUCUUCCACGAGCCGUCGAAGUAUGUGGAGGAAAUUAGCCAGCUUCCCUUCUGUGUCGCCCUCACGCUUGUCGUUCUGAACACGAAAGACCCCUCAAAGAACGUCGACUAUCUUGCUGGAUACGACAGUCUGAUCCAGACUGUUCGUUCGGUCCUGGCCGAAAAUCGCCUCGGGUCAGUCAGAAACGUCGACAUUGAGGACAAUAGGGGAGCGGUGAAACUCGGUUUCCUCGACGAGGUCCUGCAGCUGCACGUCCAGCGCGGCUACGCAACUCGUUUGGACCUGCCAGUCAAAUAUCUGCUUUUGGCCCUCAAUGGGAAAAAUCCGAGGGUCAACGAUCGCAGCCGUGAGCUGGACCCGAAGCUGCAGGCUCUUCUGGAACAGGGUCUGCCUCCGUGCAGCUGGGCAGAAAAGAAUAGGCUCCUGGAUGAGUGGCUGAAAGAACAUGGAGUCAUUGCCAUAGACCUGGCAAUUGAACGUCGCAACUUGAAGCGGCGUUGGGAGGAGGUGCAAGAAGCUGAGAACAAACUGUUGCUGGAAAGAAACGUUUUGAAGAAGACAGAGCCGAGCACGACAUCUUGAUCAAAAGGCAGCGACUGGACAUCGAGAAAUUGCAGAGAAGGCCUUCGUUUUUACCAACAUUUUUGGCCUACGUCUCCGGUUGAGUCUUCUGAAACCGCCACUGCCGAGUCUGAGGAUAGUUGCUGAGUGCUACACUGAACAGUGAGAGGCUACGGGUGCAGAUAUAUUGCUUUGGAAGGUCAGCGCAAAUAA